AGCCCCAGGUCCUCAGUUGACAGCGGAGGGAGACGUGGAACCACCGAGAGUGAGGAAGAGGAGGUCUGGGUUUUGCCUGCGGGGACUGCGAACAAUUGAGCGGCAGAAGGGAACUGAGCACCGCCGUGAGGCUCUCUAAAGUCCAGCCACGGCCUCACUAUGUCGAAAGUUUCCUUUAAGAUCACGCUAACCUCGGACCCGCGGCUGCCGUACAAAGUACUCAGUGUUCCCGAAAAUACUCCUUUCACAGCAGUCUUAAAGUUUGCUGCAGAAGAAUUUAAAGUUCCUGCAGCAACAAGUGCUAUAAUCACAAAUGAUGGAAUAGGAAUAAAUCCUGCACAGACUGCUGGGAAUGUUUUCCUAAAGCAUGGCUCAGAACUACGAAUAAUUCCUAGAGAUCGUGUGGGGAGUUGUUAAUUUCUGCUGAAUGGAAAUUUACCAUUAUCUUUCCUAAUAAACAUUGAUAUUUAUUUUGUAAUAUUGCAUUCGGACUAUCUACAAUUUUAUGUACCUACUCCUAUAAGGACACUGACCGUUUACAUUAAAGAAGGAAUACAUCCCAUGAAUAAAACAGCUGCCUUAAGAAAGAAGCCAACCUCUCCUCUGCUACCUCAUUAUGUUUAUGAAAGGAGUUUCAAUUUCAUUUUAAAAUAGAAAGAUGAUAUUACCAGUAAAAUAAGAAAAUGAAAAUUUCUUGUUUAAAAUCAUAUGUCAACUAUAGAGUAAAUUAUUUCCUGAAUUGCAAAUAAGAAUGGCCAGAGAACAUAGAAAGAGGUGAAUAAAUGUGCAUUUUACAUACAAUUUAAGAUAAGAACAUGACUUGACUAACACAUAAAUAUUUGUGUUUAUUAUCAUUUGGGUUUUCUAGGUUUCAGUUGACUCCAGUAUUUCAUUUGGAUUUCCAGGUAACUCAGAAGUACCAUCAAUUGAACAAUAUGAACUUAUUCUAAUUAUGGAAAAUGACAUCUCACAUUAGCUAGUCUACCGGUGUUCCUGUAGAAUUGGAUAUAGUAGUGGGAAUUUAAAUACAUCUGUGGCUGAGUUAUAUCCCUCCAUAAGUAUAUUCUGAGAACUCUCAUAUAAUCAUCUUUGAUGUGGAUAAUUCUGCAUUGAAAUCUGAAAGGGAAUGAAUAUCAUUGAGAAGACCUGAAAUUGCACAAAGCUCAAGGAAGUGCUGUCAUCUACCCUUUAGUGUACUGAAGCCAAAGUUCAAGGAGGCUGGCAGGGAAAAAGGAGACAGUUUAAGCACCAUGAUCACUGACCAUAGAAAAGUCAAGGUAAAACCGAAGUGAUAGGAAAGAAAGAAAGGAGCAAGCCAUAUAAGAGAUAAGAAGUAACAUCACAGUGACCUACAAAAUCCAGAAGGAAUGAGAACGGGUGCCAAAAGGGUUGAAAUGAAAAAGCAGCAACAGAGUGGAGAAGAAAAAAGUUAAUACUAGAUUAUGUAAACAAGCAGCAGAAGAGAGCCAAGUAUAUAUUCUUUUAACUACUAUAGAGGAUAAAACAUGGCUUUCCAGAAACCUAUAAGGAAAAGAAGAGAUAAACCCUUAAAAGAAAGAAAUGGGUUGUAAUAGGAAAGCAUUAACACAUGUAUGAUGUGUGUUAUGUAUGUUGGCCCAUGUACAUCGUAUGAAAUCAAGGUUCAGAAAAAAAAGCAGCUUAAGUUAUUUGUUACUUUGUGGUAGAACGCAGCUGGCGUACACAGCUGUGUUUAGCAAAUGCAUAAAUUAGCACCCCUAAACCAAGUUUUCUAUGAUUUGUUUUCAGGGAUAUCAUCCCAUGAUACUCCAGUUUCUGGCCUAAUGCUCAUUGAAAAAGCAAAAGAUUCUUACAAAAAAUGUAACUUAGCUAGCCAUGUGUAUUUUCUGAAGAAUGUUUUUUGGUAUUGUAAAGUUAUAUGUGGCACUAGAAAGCUGGAUUUGAUUGAUCUUAAUUAUGACUAGGGCACAACAAGAUUCUUAGCCAUCACAAUGUGGUCAGCUUAGUAAAGGCAGUAAAAUUAAGACAAAAAAAGUGAACUAUUAUAUUUUUUAAAGGUUUUUACCUAGAAGAAUUAAACAUUAGCCAUUAGUUAUACAGACCCAUACCCUAAGCAUUCCAAUUAAUAAAGGUUUUACUUUAGUAUUUUUCAUAAGUCAAAAUAUGCUUGCAUUUAUGUGCUGCAGAAAAAAUAAAAUGGUGCAAUGAAAUAAUUUACAUUAUUAGGUUUUAAUUUGUUAAUAUUUGUGUAUCAAAUUCUCAUUAAAGGUAAAUUACAGCAAAA